AUGAGGGAGUCAGAUGACAUUGUGAUUAUUCUUGUUUAUGUUGAUGACAUGCUGAUUACUGGUAGUAGUGGUUCUUCGAUCAACAAAGCAAAAGGCAUUUUGCAUCAGAAGUUCAAAGUCAAGGACCUUGGUGAACUCAAAUAUUUUCUGGGAAUAGAAAUACUGAGAUCACAACAAGGGAUUAUAUUGAAUCAGAGAAAGUAUGUGCUGGAAUUAAUUUCAGAAUUAGGGCUAAGUGGAGCAAAACCUGUGGGGACACCUAUGGAGAUGAAUGCUAAACUCACUACUGCAGAAUAUGAUUCAGCAUUGGAGUUUCAGAUGAUCCAUUACUGGAGGUGUGAUUCUGAUAGGGUUGCAUGUCCCAAUACUAGGAGGUUAGUUAUUGGUUUUGCAAUAAAGUUUGGGAAUUCUCUUAUUUCCUGGAAGUUAAAGAAACAACAAACAGUUUCAAAAAGCUCCGCAGAGGCAGAAUAUAGGAGCAUGGAAGCAAGUGUGGCUGAGACUGUGUGGUUACUUGGUCUUUUCAAGGAUCUAGGAGUUAAGCUUGGACAACCAUUUAAGGUGUUUAGUGACAGCAAAUCAGCUAUUCAAAUAGCUGCCAAUCCAAUCUUUCAUGAAAGAACCAAACACAUUGAAAUUGAUUGUCAUUUCAUAUGA